CCGCUGCAAGUCUGCGUGCACGAUUGAGUAUGUGACCAUAAAACAGCUCAACCUCCCCCUCCUUCCUCUCUAGAGUGAGGGAGGUUGUCUGAGAUUAUGACUGAUAUUAUUUUGAAAUUCUCAUUGACUCUGUCAUCAUGGAGCCGAUAGCGAAUAUCACCGUCGAUGUUCAGAAUCCGAUCUCAAGACCUAUCAAAAGGCGUAGACGCGCUGUCUUGAGCUGCACGAACUGCCACGAACGCAAACAAAAGUGUGACCGUGAGCAGCCCUGCUUUCACUGUAGGUCGAGAGGCAAGCAACACGAGUGUUGCUAUGAAAGUCCACACACUAGGCAGGAGACUCGCGCAUCUCAAGUCGGCGAAGUGACGCCACCGCAAUCAAGUCCGGAAAAUGAAGCCUCAGAUGUUGACGAAGCAAUAUCAGGUCUAGAGCAGCUGCACAUAUUCGGCUAUUCCAAGCUCAGUGAUCGAAACUCACUUGCUCUCCUCAACAAAGUGAUCGACCCAUCAUCGACUGCAUUGCGGCAUUCAAAUCAGGUUCCGGUAAUUGAUAAUGGAAUUCGAGACAAAUACAGAAGCUUGAUCCGCUCAUUACCAGCUCGACGAGAUAUUGAGCUUUUGGCGAGUGUCUACUUCGAAGAGAUAAGCUGGUACUAUGAGUCGGUAGAUGCUUCGUUCUUUUCAGAUGAGAUUGAAGAGUGGUACAAAUGCUCCUUUACCGCCUUAAAACAUGGCCCAAGCAAACUCUCCGAGUCUAUGCGAUAUUUUCCGGCCUUGUUAUUCCAAGUCAUCGCUUUGGCUCUCCAAUAUCUUCCUCCAGGGAAAGAGACCAAUUUCGGUCAUCUGAAGAUUGGUGAAGGUCAGUCAUAUGACGAUCUUGCGGCAGAUUAUAGCGAUUCGGGUGUGGUGGUUUUGGAUCUUUUAGGCAAGCCGGAAAACACGGUUGUUGCCGUUCAAGCGCGCUUCUUGCGAGUAUCAUUCUUAAAGAAUGUUGGGCGAGUUGUGGAGUCUUGGCAUGUCAUGGGAAUGGUCGUCAAGGAGGCCUAUGAGAUUGGAUUACAUCGUGAGCAGCCCAUUACGAAGCAGUCAAUGGAAGAAACUGCCGAGGCUCUAUGGGAAACCGAACUGAGACGUCGAUUGAUGAUGCACAUCUACUUGUGGGAUAGUCAAAUGGCCGUGGUACUAGGUCGUGCUGUGACCAUUAACCUUCGCGACUGCGACUUCAAGGCACCUACUGACACGCCAAUCCCGCGGAAUCGGAGAGAGACCAUUCCGGUUGCGCGCCAUCCUCGAUCUGCGCCAAAUCCCACGACCAUUCGUAUCCACGAGUACGAAAUGCAUAAAAGGCUUCCUGAGAUCAUGUCACUUGAAGCUGAAGGCACGUAUCCCAAGAAUUACUCAAAAAUUUAUCGACUGCAUCAGCAAGUGCUAGAUUACAUGAACACGGUGCCAGAAACCCAUCGCUUCGAGAACCCAGUCACUGUAUGGGAUGAACAAUACCCAUGGCUUCCUCUGCAGAGAGAGCUGUCGUGUUGUUCUUCGUGGUUCUUUUUACUGGCAUUGUAUCGGCCUUAUAUCUUCACCCAUGCAUUCAGUCGAAUCGAAGCCUUCAAGGCCUCCAUUGCGAUUCUGCAGUGUCAAGAGCGUCUAUAUCACAUUGCUUCUAUGCAGUUUCGCAAAUUAUUCAGCUUAGCCUUCUUCACAGUCGACGCGGCGGUUAUUUGCGCAGCCGUCAUCAUCUCUCAUCCAUACGACACGAAGGACUUCAUUCCUCUUGCUGUACAGUGUCUACAGCAGAGCAAAGCCCGCUUAGAAGAUAUCUCUGAUCGAAACACAUUGGCCAAAGCCGGAAGCGUCAUAAUUAAUGCUCUUCUUGACAAGGCGAAUAAGGUUAUUGAGAAGAUGUCGCUUGGCACUUCAAUUGGAAGUACUUCGCAGACACCUGCCUUAAAACCCACCUCUGUCGCAUACAAUACUCCGGACUGGAACACUCCUGAUUCCCUAAUACCUUCUGCCACGCAGCAGGAGAAUACUCUCGCUGAACAAGACGGGCUAUUCAGCCACUCAGAUAUCUUUUCAUCUGUGGACAUGCUUUCAGAACCUCUCGGAGACGUUAACAAUGACAUUUUCUCACCGGAUCUUCUCGCUAAUAUAUACGGACUGGAUGGCAACUUUUCUUGGACUACUGGCACUGAUGUAUCCGACAAUUUUUUUUGGAAUACAUUACAGGCUUCAUAAAAUUUACUUGAAUGUUGUAUUCUUUUUUUUAAAAUGCGGCGUGGAACUAAUGGGUGUUCCGGAGCUCACAAUUUGAGAUGAACGGUCUUACUUUUUAUAUCCCUGAGCCGGAG